AACAAAAGAGGCCAGUGGUCAGGUGUCAGGUUCACAGAUGCCCUCUGGAAGUAAAGCUAAGACGCGACAGACAGAAGCCGGAGCUGGCGAUGCGGGUGGUCAGGCUUUUGCUCUGAGCCAUUGUUUUCACGUGCUGUACCUGACCUCCUCCCCCCUGGGCCGAGCACAGCGAUGCCCAUCGCAGACUUGCUGGGCGUGCAGUUGGACAUGCAGAUGCUGGGGAAGCUGACGGUUUCGGUGGCGGCCGUGCUGCUGGUGUCCUGGGCGUACAGGUUUUACAACUCCAGAAACCGGACGGGACAACAGGGGCAGCUGGCUCCCCCGGACGACGACCCUCUGCCACCGAGUCUCGCUACCCAGUCCCCGGGCCUCUGCAGCAGCUGCCAGGGAGAGCUGCAGCAGCAAAACGACAUCGCAACCGAGCUUGCCGACGGAGCCGCGCAACAGAAGGAGCAUGAGUCACCCCCGAGGAAUGUGAAGGAGAGUGUCGUACUGUACCCUCGGCCUGACGGAGAGAUAGGACCACGAGAAGAAGACAGUGCGGAAUAUCCAGGGCAGGCUGAGACGAUGGAAAAGGAGACUGACAAUGGCACCGCACAGCAGGAUGCACCUGCAGAGGAUUCGACAUUCUCAGUUAAGGACAUUGCCCAUAAAGCCGUUAAGCCUUUGAGCCUGUCAAAUCUGGAGGAAGCUGAUGAGUGCGGGACGGGAAUUACCCUCUCUCCUCACCUUGCAACUCAACGCUCUCCUUCCGACAGUGGCCAGGUGAGUACGAGCCGGCCUCGGUCCCCCUGCUUGCUACGGAGUCUGGAACCCUGCACAAAGGUAGGCCGAGAGCUCAGGCACGAUGCUGGAAGCCUGGGCACCUUCUCUAGCUUCCAGUCAAAGGCCGCUGUUGUAGUGAAAGAUGGAGACCUUUUGCUGGAUAGGCCCGGGGAUAGACUUGUGGAAGUGCGGAGCAAGAUCUAUGAUUACUAUGUGGAAUCUUCUUCAGAGUCCAUCUUAGAUAGAGGGCCAAGGACUGCAGGCCACUGCAGCCCUGGGCCCAAUCUGGGAGUCAAUGAAAGUGCCUCCAGAGACCUGCAGAUAAGCAGGCGCAGCAGCGGAAGCAGCAGCAGCAGUGAGUCAACCUCGCUGUACAGCCCCAUCACCUCGCCCUUGAUCAUGCGUGACAUUGUUAUCCCGCCAGACCACAGUGAGGAUAGCCCCGCUUCGAUUGACAGGUGCCCUUCGCCAUUCAACAAGCCACGGCUCAUCCGGAAGGACAGCUACCUGCAGAUCACGGAAAACUCAGACCUACAGAUCCCCUGUGGCAGCCCGGCUUCAAGGUCUCGAUCCCCUUCUUCUGAGAGUUCAAGCCCCGUCGAAGACCCCGUAGGCCACAAUGAAACUACAAAACACAGCUUAGAAACAGUUGCGGGAAUGAAUUUCUUACAGAUGCCUCUGGAUGGUACUGGCAUCCCAGAGCUGGAGAGCCUACAAGGGAAACUAGACUUGGGCAACUGUUUGCAAGCCCUGAGUUUAGCCCGGAAGUAUGGGCAUGAGACCCUCCAGCAAGCUGCCCUCAAAGUCAUGUCUGACAACUACCUUCAGGUGUUGAGAGACCCCGAGCUGUAUGGAAGGCUCAAGGCUGGAGACAGGGCUGAAAUUCAAAAGCAGCGCAUGCGGGGCAGGCAGUACCUAACUGUCGCCGACAUUGACCCCCAAGACUGGAUGGGCGCCCGAUGCCAGACGGAGGAGCCGGACCAUCCGAAGACGUCUAGUCGUCUUUACUACUACGACGACUAUAUGGACAGCUGGCACGCCCUCUGCACACUGCCCAGAGAAGUCAUUUCCAAGGGAUGCUCUAUGUGUACCAUGGACAACUACCUCUUCAUUGCCGUGGGCUGUGAGGGCGUCGACCGGGACAUCAGGCCAUCGAGGAGGGUAUUCUGCUACAACCCAGUCACCUCCAUCUGGAAGGAGAUAUGCCCAAUGAAUGAGGCACGGCCCCAGUGCAAACUGGUGGCUCUGCAGGGGUACAUCUAUGCUAUCGGGGGUGAGUGCCUUAGCACCGUCGAGCGCUACGACCCGCGGACAGACCGCUGGUCCUUCGUGGCGCCGCUGCCCAAUGACACUUUUGCCGUCGCACACCGAGCCACAGCUUGCCAAGGGGAGCUCUUUGUGUCGGGAGGGACCCUGAGGUACACACUACUGCGCUACAACCCCCGGGCCAAUGUCUGGAGACAGAGCUUGAUUGUCGGUAGCAAGGAGAGGACCACGGAGAUGGUAGCCCUGAGGAGCUUCCUGUACCGCUUCGAUAUCAGCCCGUCGCUGGGCCUUUCUGUGUACCGCUACCACACCGUGGCUCGACUGUGGUACGAAUGUUGCUCACGGCGACUCCAGGAUUGCCAGACCUUCCAGUGUGCUGUCCUGGGUGACGUCAUCUACUGCAUCAACCGCCAGUUCAACAUGAGGUUCCUGGCUGAUGAGGUGUCCCCUGAUUUUGUUGCAGAGGACCUGAAGGUCCUUUCUGAGGCGAAGGGCAUGCUCUUCCCCUUCAUCCUUUCCUUUCCUGACAAGGAGACUCUCCAGACCAGGGUGUGAGCAAGGUCAGUCCAUGCUAGUGUAACAGCCCAGGCCAAAACACGCUGCAACCUUUAUCCUCCAUAUCAAGGGUGUAAAUUUGGGUAUGGACUGUAGGGACAUGUCCCUACCAAUAGUGUCGGAGUACCAUGUGUUUAGGGGAGUUCGAGGUUCAAGUCUUAUUUGGGCCCUACCAAUGCUGAAACCAAACCUAUGCCCUUGCAAAGUAUCAUAGAAUUAUUUUGAAAAAAAAAAUAGUUUCUUUCACCACUUGUGGCCUAUCUAGAUACAAAUGAUUUCAGAAAAAAAAUACAUAUUUUUUUUUAAGAAAUUUGUAAAUACAACAUAAAUAUGUCUAACAGUUUUGGCGUGCUGCUUUUUGAAUCACGACAUAAUUUCAUAAAGAUAAGUACACAAAAUGCUUUACAUAAUCAAUUUACCUGUACAGGCAAGACAAAAAGAUGCUUCCGGCUUGUGUUUAGAAAUAUAUCACAAUGUAAUCUAUUAUGAUUCAAUUGUUUAAUAUCACUUUGGCUUUUUUAAGCUUUCCUUUGUCAGUUGCCGCUUCCAGCACCCUGCAUUUUAUUUUCAUUUCUCUGGAUCUGCUUUUCACAGCACUUUUUCUGUUCCAAUAAUUUCUGCGGCCUUUCUAUUGCCAGAGGCGAGCAAAGUCAACAGAGAGAUACAUAAACACAGACUCUUGCACAGAGAGCAGGGUGCUCCAUUCAUUUGUGGUGUCACCACAGACGCUAUCACUCCUGUAUUUUAUAGCGAAAUUGAAAUAAUGAAUGUGCAGUUAAAUUUUACAA